CCCCAUUUUGGGUUUAUCAACUCUUCUGUUCCUCUUCGCUUACAGGUUCUAUUUUAGGCUUUUUAGCUCCAGAGCCAAAAACCAUUCAAUCAAAUUUCAGAAAUGGAGGGAGUCUCCUACCAGCGAUUCCCCAAGGUCAAAAUCCGCGAACUGAAAGACGACUAUGCAAAAUUCGAGCUUCGCGACACCGACGCCUCCAUGGCCAACGCCCUCCGUCGCGUCAUGAUUGCCGAGGUCCCCACCAUCGCAAUCGACCUCGUCGAAAUUGAAGUCAACUCCUCCGUCCUUAACGACGAGUUCAUUGCCCACCGCCUCGGCCUCAUCCCUCUCACCAGCGAACGCGCCAUGUCGAUGCGAUUCUCGCGUGACUGUGACGCAUGCGACGGUGACGGCCAGUGCGAGUUCUGCUCCGUCGAGUUCCAUCUUCGUGCCAAAUGCAUGACCGAUCAAACCCUCGAUGUUACCAGCAAGGAUCUCUAUAGUUCCGAUCAUACGGUUGUUCCCGUCGAUUUCACCGAUUCCGCUGGCUACGAUUCCUCUGAGCAAAGGGGGAUUAUCAUUGUGAAGUUACGGCGAGGGCAAGAAUUGAGGCUGAGGGCAAUUGCGAGGAAAGGUAUAGGGAAAGACCAUGCGAAAUGGUCACCGGCUGCGACUGUGACUUUCAUGUAUGAACCUGAGAUUCAUAUCAAUGAAGAUAUGAUGGAAACCUUGACGCUUGAGGAGAAGCAAAGCUUUGUUGAGAGUAGUCCUACUAGAGUCUUUGAUAUUGAUCCUAAUACCCAACAGGUUGUGGUGGUUGAUCCAGAGGCAUAUACCUACGAUGAUGAAGUGCUAAAGAAAGCUGAAGCUAUGGGAAAGCCAGGCCUUGUGGAGAUUUAUGCAAAAGAAGACAGUUUCAUUUUUACUGUUGAAUCCACCGGUGCGAUCAAAGCUUCUCAGUUGGUACUUAAUGCUAUAGAAGUCCUCAAACAGAAGCUGGAUGCAGUUCGCCUGUCUGAGGAUACUGUGGAAGCUGAUGAUCAAUUUGGUGAACUUGGUGCUCAUAUGCGAGGAGGAUGAUCCACUUGUAAAAAAGCUGCUCAUUGACAUUUUUAUGUUUUUGGAGAAGACAUGUUUACAUCUUACUAACUUCCUCUUUUUUUAGAAUUCUUAAAUAUCUUUGGGUACAAUUGACUACUUGUUUUCUUUGUGAAACUUGUCAGCAGAUAUGCUAUCCAUUUUAAACUUAAGCAGCUUGUGAAGCACGGACUGACAAAUGAUUUAGCUUGUACUAUUACUUUGCUCAAACUACCAGCCGUUUUAUUUGUGUU